AUGGCUGUGGUUAAGUUUGGACAUGUUGUAUUUAGUGACAUGGCUGUGGUUAAGUUUGAACAUGUUGUAUUUAGUGACAUGGCUGUUGUUAAGUUUGGACAUGUUGUAUUUAGUCACAUGGCUGUGGUUAAGUUUGAACAUGUUGUAUUUAGUGACAUGGCUGUGGUUAAGUUUGAACAUGUUGUAUUUAGUGACAUGGCUGUGGUUAAGUUUCAACAUGUUGUAUUUAGUGACAUGGGUUUAGUUAAGUUUGAACAUGUCAUAUUUAGUGACAUGGGUUUAGUUAAGUUUGAACAUGUCGUAUUUAGUGGCAUGGGUUUAGUUAAGUUUGAACACGUCGUAUUUAGUGACCUGGCUGUGGUUAAAUUUCGACAUGUUGUAUUUAGUGACAUGGCUGUGGUUAAGUUUGGACAUGUCAUAUUUAGUGACAUGGCUGUGGUUAAGUUUGAACAUGUUGUAUUUAGUGACAUGGCUGUGGUUAACUUUGGACAUGCUGUAUUUAGUGGCAUCGGUUUAGUUAAGUUUGGACAUGUCAUAUUUAGUGACAUGGCUGUGAUUAAGUUUGGACAUGUUGUAUUUAGUGACAUGGCUGUUGUUAAGUUUGAACAUGUUGUAUUUAGUGACAUGGCUGUUGUUAAGUUUCGACAUGCUGUAUUUAGUGGCAUCGGUUUAGUUAAGUUUGAACAUGUUGUAUUUAGUGACAUGGCUGUGGUUAACUUUGGACAUGUUGUAUUUAGUAACAUGGCUGUGGUUAAGUUUGAACAUGUCGUAUUUAGUGGCAUGGGUUUAGUUAAGUUUGAACAUGUUGUAUUUAGUGACAUGGGUUUAGUUAAGUUUGAACAUGUUGUAUUUAGUGACAUGGCUGUGGUUAACUUUGGACAUGUUGUAUUUAGUGACAUGGCUGUGGUUAAGUUUGAACAUGUCGUAUUUAGUGACAUGGGUUUAGUUAAGUUUGAACAUGUUGUAUUUAGUGACAUGGCUGUGGUUAACUUUGGACAUGUUGUAUUUAGUCACAUGGUUGUGGUUAAGUUUGAACAUGUUGUAUUUAGUGACAUGGCUGUGGUUAACUUUGGACAUGUUGUAUUUAGUGACAUGGCUGUGGUUAAGUUUGAACAUGUUGUAUUUAGUGACAUGGGUUUAGUUAAGUUUGAACAUGUCGUAUUUAGUGACAUGGCUGUGGUUAAGUUUGGACAUGUUGUAUUUAGUGAUAUGGCUGUGGUUAAGUUUGAACAUGUUAUAUUUAGUGACAUGGCUGUGGUUAAGUUUGAACAUGUUGUAUUCAGUGACAUGGCUGUGGUUAAGUUUGAACAUGUUGUAUUUAGUGACAUGGCUGUGGUUAAGUUUGGACAUGUUGUAUUUAGUGACAUGGCUGUGGUUAAGUUUGAACAUGUUGUAUUUAGUGACAUGGCUGUGGUUAAGUUUGGACAUGUUGUAUUUAGUCACAUGGCUGUGGUUAAGUUUGAACAUGUUGUAUUUAGUGACAUGGCUGUGGUUAAGUUUGAACAUGUUGUAUUUAGUGACAUGGCUGUGGUUAAGUUUCAACAUGUUGUAUUUAGUGACAUGGGUUUAGUUAAGUUUGAACAUGUCAUAUUUAGUGACAUGGGUUUAGUUAAGUUUGAACAUGUCGUAUUUAGUGGCAUGGGUUUAGUUAAGUUUGAACACGUCGUAUUUAGUGACCUGGCUGUGGUUAAAUUUCGACAUGUUGUAUUUAGUGACAUGGCUGUGGUUAAGUUUGGACAUGUCAUAUUUAGUGACAUGGCUGUGGUUAAGUUUGAACAUGUUGUAUUUAGUGACAUGGCUGUGGUUAACUUUGGACAUGCUGUAUUUAGUGGCAUCGGUUUAGUUAAGUUUGGACAUGUCAUAUUUAGUGACAUGGCUGUGAUUAAGUUUGGACAUGUUGUAUUUAGUGACAUGGCUGUUGUUAAGUUUGAACAUGUUGUAUUUAGUGACAUGGCUGUUGUUAAGUUUCGACAUGCUGUAUUUAGUGGCAUCGGUUUAGUUAAGUUUGAACAUGUUGUAUUUAGUGACAUGGCUGUGGUUAACUUUGGACAUGUUGUAUUUAGUAACAUGGCUGUGGUUAAGUUUGAACAUGUCGUAUUUAGUGGCAUGGGUUUAGUUAAGUUUGAACAUGUUGUAUUUAGUGACAUGGGUUUAGUUAAGUUUGAACAUGUUGUAUUUAGUGACAUGGCUGUGGUUAACUUUGGACAUGUUGUAUUUAGUGACAUGGCUGUGGUUAAGUUUGAACAUGUCGUAUUUAGUGACAUGGGUUUAGUUAAGUUUGAACAUGUUGUAUUUAGUGACAUGGCUGUGGUUAACUUUGGACAUGUUGUAUUUAGUCACAUGGCUGUGGUUAAGUUUGAACAUGUUGUAUUUAGUGACAUGGCUGUGGUUAACUUUGGACAUGUUGUAUUUAGUGACAUGGCUGUGGUUAAGUUUGAACAUGUUGUAUUUAGUGACAUGGGUUUAGUUAAGUUUGAACAUGUCGUAUUUAGUGACAUGGCUGUGGUUAAGUUUGGACAUGUUGUAUUUAGUGAUAUGGCUGUGGUUAAGUUUGAACAUGUUAUAUUUAGUGACAUGGCUGUGGUUAAGUUUGAACAUGUUGUAUUCAGUGACAUGGCUGUGGUUAAGUUUGAACAUGUUGUAUUUAGUGACAUGGCUGUGGUUAAGUUUGGACAUGUUGUAUUUAGUGACAUGGCUGUGGUUAAGUUUGAACAUGUUGUAUUUAGUGACAUGGCUGUGGUUAAGUUUGGACAUGUUGUAUUUAGUCACAUGGCUGUGGUUAAGUUUGAACAUGUUGUAUUUAGUGACAUGGCUGUGGUUAAGUUUGAACAUGUAUUUAGUGACAUGGCUGUGGUUAAGUUUCAACAUGUUGUAUUUAGUGACAUGGCAGUGGUUAAGUUUCGACAUGUUGUAUUUAGUGACAUGGCUGUGGUUAACUUUCAACAUGUUGUAUUUAGUGACAUGGGUUUAGUUAAGUUUGAACAUGUCGUAUUUAGUGGCAUGGGUUUAGUUAAGUUUGAACAUGUCGUAUUUAGUGACAUGGGUUUAGUUAAGUUUGAACAUGUCGUAUUUAGUGGCAUGGGUUUAGUUAAGUUUGAACACGUCGUAUUUAGUGGCAUGGGUUUAGUUAAGUUUGAACAUGUCGUAUUUAGUGGCAUGGGUUUAGUUAAGUUUGAACAUGUCGUAUUUAGUGACAUGGGUUUAGUUAAGUUUGAACAUGUUGUAUUUAGUGACAUGGCUGUGGUUAACUUUGGACAUGUUGUAUUUAGUGACAUGGCUGUGGUUAAGUUUGAACAUGUUGUAUUUAGUGAUAUGGCUGUGGUUAACUUUGGACAUGUUGUAUUUAGUGACAUGGCUGUGGUUAAGUUUGAACAUGUUGUAUUUAGUGACAUGGGUUUAGUUAAGUUUGAACAUGUCGUAUUUAGUGACAUGGCUGUGGUUAAGUUUGGACAUGUUGUAUUUAGUGAUAUGGCUGUGGUUAAGUUUGAACAUGUUAUAUUUAGUGACAUCGCUGUGGUUAAGUUUGAACAUGUUGUAUUCAGUGACAUGGCUGUGGUUAAGUUUGAACAUGUUGUAGUUAGUGACAUGGCUGUGGUUAAGUUUGGACAUGUUGUAUUUAGUGACAUGGCUGUGGUUAAGUUUGAACAUGUUGUAUUUAGUGACAUGGCUGUGGUUAAGUUUGGACAUGUUGUAUUUAGUCACAUGGCUGUGGUUAAGUUUGAACAUGUUGUAUUUAGUGACAUGGCAGUGGUUAAGUUUGAACAUGUUGUAUUUAGUGACAUGGCUGUGGUUAAGUUUCAACAUGUUGUAUUUAGUGACAUGGCAGUGGUUAAGUUUUGA